GUGAGAGAUCAGCAGAGACUCUCUGGGUGAGACAAGAGCAGGGAAUAUAACGUUGCUGAGAUGAAGCUGCUCCUUGCCCUGGGUGGGGUCCUAGCGUCACUCACCCUGGCACAGCCCUGCCAGGGCAGUGCUCCAGCCUCCCUCCGGACAGUGGAGACCUCAGUCCUCCAGGGCUGCCUAGCAGAGGCCAAGCUGCUGGUGGAUGCUGCCUACAAUCAGACUCAGAGAAGCAUCACGCAACGCCUUCACAGUGGCUCGGCCAGCCCCAUGGACCUCUUGUCCUACUUCAAGCAGCCAGUUGCGACCACCAGGACAGUCAUUCGGGCUGCUGAUUAUAUGCACGUGGCCUUGGGGCUGCUGGAGGAGAAGUUACAAGUUCAGGGAGCUGGAUCCUUCAAUGUCACUGAUAUGCUAACAGAACCCCAGCUGCGACUGCUAUCCCAAGCCAGUGGUUGCACUAUCCAAGACCAGGCUGAGAAGUGCAGUGACAAGUACCGCACCAUCACCGGAAGAUGCAACAACAAGCGGAGACCCUUGCUGGGGGCCUCCAAUCAGCCCCUGGCCCGCUGGCUCCCAGCUGAGUAUGAGGACAGGCUGUCACUCCCCUUUGGCUGGACUCCUGGCAAGAGGCGCAGUGGCUUCCUCCUCCCUCUUGUCCGGGCUGUCUCCAACCAGAUCGUGCAGUUCCCCAGCAACAGGCUGUCCUCCGACGGAGGCCGGUCCCUCAUGUUCAUGCAGUGGGGUCAGUUUGUUGACCAUGACCUGGACUUCGCCCCUGAGUCCCCAGCCAGAGUGGCCUUCACUGCGGGUGUAGACUGUGAGAGGACCUGUGCCCAGCUGCCUCCCUGCUUCCCGAUCAAGAUCCCACCCAAUGAUCCCCGCAUCAGGAACCAACAGGACUGCAUCCCCUUCUUCCGCUCGGCUCCCUCCUGCCCACAAAACAAGAACCAAGUCCGCCAGCAGAUCAACGCACUCACCUCCUUCCUAGACGCCAGCAUGGUGUACGGCAGCGAGGUCAACCUGGCCCUGCGGCUCCGCAACCGGACCAACUACCAUGGGCUGCUGGCCAUCAACCAGCGCUAUCACGACCAAGGCAGGGCCCUGCUGCCCUUCAACAACUUGCAGGAAGACCCCUGCCUCCUCACCAACCGCCAGGCGCGCAUCCCCUGCUUCCUGGCAGGUGACACCCGAGCUAGCGAAACCCCUAAACUGACUGCCAUGCACACCCUCUUUGUGCGAGAACACAACCGUCUGGCAACUGAGCUGAGACGCCUGAAUCCCAGGUGGACUGGAGACAAGUUAUACCAUGAGGCUCGGAAGAUUGUGGGGGCCAUGGUCCAGAUUAUCACCUACCGAGACUAUCUGCCACUGGUUCUGGGCAGGGCCCGGGCCAGGAGGACCCUGGGGCCCUACAAGGGUUACUCCUCCAAAGUGGACCCCCGUGUGGCUAACGUCUUCACUCUGGCCUUCCGCUUUGGCCACACCAUGCUGCAGCCCUUCAUGUUCCGCCUGGACAGCCAGUACCGGGCAUCAGCUCCCAACUCUCGGGUCCCACUUAGCUCUGUCUUCUUUGCCAGUUGGCGGGUCGUGCAAGAAGGCGGCAUCGACCCCAUCCUGCGAGGCCUCAUGGCCACACCUGCCAAGCUGAAUCGUCAGGACUCCAUGUUAGUGGAUGAGCUCCGGGACCGGCUGUUUCGACAAGUGAGACGAAUUGGGUUGGACCUGGCAGCUCUCAACAUGCAGCGCAGCCGGGAUCAUGGCCUGCCAGGGUACAAUGCGUGGAGGCGCUUUUGUGGCCUCUCCCAGCCCCGGAACCUGGCACAGCUCAGUAGGGUGUUAAAAAACCAGGAUUUGGCAAGGAAGUUCCUGCAUUUGUAUGGGACACCUGACAACAUUGACAUCUGGAUUGGGGCCAUUGCAGAACCUCUUUUGCCAAGGGCCAGGGUGGGGCCUCUUCUGGCUUGUCUUUUUGAGCGUCAGUUUUCAAGAGCUCGAACUGGAGACAGGUUCUGGUGGCAGAAACGAGGAGUUUUCACCAGAAGACAGCGCCAAGCCCUGAGAAAGAUUUCCUUGUCUCGGAUUGUGUGUGACAAUACGGGUAUCACCAGUGUUUCAAGAAACAUAUUCAGGGCCAACAUCUAUCCUCAUGGCUUUGCAAGCUGCAGCCAAAUCCCCAGAUUGAACCUGUCAGCCUGGCGAGGACAAUGAGCCUUCUGCAGGAUUCCAUCCCAAGCCACUAACCUUGGAGACAAGAGAACCUGGAGAUCACAAGGCUCCCUUCCUCAGAACAACCACACCCUGCUGAUUAUUCUGCUGGCUGUAUCUCAGAGUCGGUUCUUGCUGGCAAUGACAGCUGAGGCUCCCAGCAGCAAAGCAACUUUCCACCCCAGGAGCCUCUUAAGGUAUCAGGUACUAACUACGUCAAUUCCAGGUGCAUUGACUUGUGAGCCAAGGAUGUCUUGCCCAACAAGAACAGCCAUCUAGAGGGUUUCCAGCCACUUUCUUUCACUCCCCAGUCUGUCCUUGCUACCUACUUACAUGACCAGGAGGCCACAUUAUUCCAGAUUCUAGUCACCCCAUAAGCUUCCUCUGGAGCCUGCAGUCUGGGCAGCAAGCUCAGCUUCUACCAAUAAAGCCCUGCUGAAGCUGCAGGAGCUGGUUUCUGCAUUCGUCUGGGAGGGGACACAACCUCAGUCCCAUGCUUUGCUCCAGACGUUUAAGAGAAGUGCUACUAAGACACAGCUGGAACCAAUUUCUAGGCUUCUUCUAUGUGCUGAGCUAAGAGAACUAGAAGAAACAUCCAGAUUAAGAAACAGCUGCAAAAGAGAAGGCAAUGUUGUUAGGAACCCCAACAUUCAGGAGACUA